AAUCCCUCGAACUUGUACCCAAAAAGGAACAAGAUGGGUAUCAAUUUCUUCCACUGCCAGCUCCAAAGGCCAUCUUCUAACCGAGAAGCAAUGACGCAUGACAGACCAUGGGCCACGCUCCAAGAUCUUCCUUGCCAUAUCCUCAUCCUGGACAGAGAUGGCAAACAGGUUUUCACGUAUCCAGGGUGAGCUAGCUCUAGCAUUUGGUGAGUUACUUGGGAAGCUAUGGGCGCCUGGACGAACACCGGUUGCUCCUCGACCUUUUAAAACAAAACUUGCUCGUUUUGCACCUCAGUUUAGUGGUCACAAUCAGCACGAUUCUCAGGAGCUUUUGGCAUUUUUGCUAGAUGGUCUUCAUGAAGAUCUGAAUCGUGUGAAACACAAACCAUAUGUAAAUUUUAGAGAUGCUGAUGUCCGGCCUGAUGAAGACGUAGCUGAUGAGUAUUUGGCAAACCACAUUGCUCGUAAUGAUUCUAUAAUUGUUGAUGUCUGCCAAGUGGCGGACAAUUUCUAUAGACCCAAUUUGAAGAAAGCAGCUCUUGCCAGGGUGAAUGUUGGUCACAGGAGUCUCAAGGUCUCCAAGUUUGGUGUCAAGAAGAGGAAUAGGCAGGUUGUCAAGACCCCUGAAUCAUUGAAAAGAUGUGGCAUCUCUGAAAGCUCAACUUAUGUGCUUGCCGCUUGUUUUAAUUCUUCUUCUGAUGAGAAUACUAGAUUGAACAAAAAGCAGUAGAGAAACUAUCAAUGGAAAAGAGAUUGAAUUGGAGGAGUUGGGAGGUAGAGUAGACCAAGCCCAAGUACAAAAGCACUAUAAGAUAACUAGCGUGGAACUAGGGAUAUCUUCUCUUGCUGAAGCCAUUACUUGAUGGAUUGCCUCUCGUGAUGCCUUGUGAGAAGAAUGAGGUUCAUGUUCUGGGAAUUUAGAGCUUCAUUUGAAGGUGGCCAAGGAAACAGAAAACCUGUAGCUUACUAGUCUUGUUUUAGCAAUUUCAAUUGUCUAGUGUAAUACGUAAGUAUACUUGUAGGCAAAGGUGAAAUUUGAAAAACGUGAUUAUGCUACCUAUACCCAACAAUGAACCAAUGACAAAAUUUGCUUGAAAUUGUGGUAUUAGUUUAGUUGUGAGAUUGCUUGUAUGAGAAAAAUUCAAUUGUUGAUCAUUAUUGGUUUCUUGGAUAGUUGUAGACUUACAUAUCUAUUAGUGGGGAAGAUGCGUCAUCUUUCUACUAUGU